AUACUAAUACCACUACCACUACUAGUCUGCUACUACCACUACUAGUCUGCUACCAAUACUAAUACCACUACCACUACUAGUCUGCUACUACCACUACUAGUCUACUCCUAAUACUAGUACUAUAACUACUACUAGCACUGGGAGUGAUUACCAGAUUAAAGGUAUACAAAUAAAGGUACUUGUUAUGUUUGUAUUUACUACACCCAGCAGAGUUCAUGUUGAAUCACAGCUGCUCGUCAGAUGAUCUGCAGCCAAUCAGAAGGCUGCUUCUCCCUCGGAUGGACCGUUCGAAAGGGAAGUGAAGCCCGGAACUUCCUGUGGAUUCGUUCCUAGAAGCUGUGAGGAUCACGCGGGUUGUCGGUGUGAAUCCCGCCGGAGGGAGCAGAUAACGAAGCUUCUCCUCUUCGUCACUGGCUCUGUGUUGGAGUCCACAUGGGGACCGAUCAAUGAGGAGCAGGAUACCACACCCCCCCCCACCCCCCCCCCGAUGUGACUCCUCUCACAGAGCACCGCAGAGGAGCUGAGAGGUUCGCUGUGUGACGGAUGCAGCAGAAUGAGGAGACGCUGGAGCUGUGAGCCGCACCCUGAACGCUGAGAACACACGGAGUGAAGGGAGCGACCCCCCAUCAGACGGCAGAGGAGCAGCCUGAGGAGGAUGGAGAGGAGUAAAGGAGGAGUUCUGCUGGGCCUCCUGGCUCUGCUGUGCACCGCUGAAGGAGACAACUGUUCCGGCCUCUCGGAUGACGAGCUCACCUGCGUCAGCGACUACAGCCGCUUCAUCACCUGCGCGUGGAGCAGCCCGUCUGAGGCCGACCGCCCCGACAACGUCUGCACAAUCCUGGCCGAAAGAAGGUUGACACGAUAUAAAAAAUACAACAGCUCCUGCAGGAUGGAGCCGGUCGACGCCUCCACACCGAGGCUGAAGAAGUGCCACCUGAUUUUCAAAAACAAAAAUAUGUUUCAAAGCUCCCACAAGCUCUCCAUUCAUCUGAGCUGUAACGCCACCAAAACAACGCUGCAGCGUCACUUCAAGCCGGCUUGUCACAUAAAGCUGGAUCCUCCCCCGAAACCCUCCGUGGUCUCCACCACCGUCUCCUGGUUCCCCCAAGCCACCAAGCACGGACGGAUCAACCUUUUCAAAUCCCAGGUGCAGUGGAAGGCCGAGGCCCAGGCGUGGACGGACGCGUCCGUGCAGGUAGACGAGCGGCAAGACUCCUGGAAUAUCAGCGUGGAGCUGGACCCAGACCAGCUGCUGCGAGGCCAGAGGUACGAGGUGCGCGUCCGAGUGAUGGCCGUCAUGGUCGACAGCAAGUCCACGUGGAGCGACUGGAGCCCCGUUGCAUCGUGGGAUUCCUCUGUAGGAAGACCACAGCCGACAGAUCUUCAGGUCUGGCUUCUGAGCGUAAUCAGUGCUGCUGCAGCUCUCGCUGUGUUUCUGCUCUUCAUCCACUUCAAGACGGACAAAACCACCUGGGUCUACAUGGUGAAGAGGAUCACAGGUCCACCUCUCCCAGACCCGGCCAAGUCCUUCCUGCAGGAUGUUGACUUCCAGAGCUGGCUGAGGCCCCACCUCCCCAGCGGGUCCUUCACCUCCUUCUCCAGACCCAGGGACGCGGUCUCCAUGGAGGUCACUUCCGCCGUGGACGCCGUGGCGCCGUGCGGCCUGGAGGAGGCGCUGCUGGAGAAGCUGAGAGGAGAAAGCAGCUUCUCCAACCCCAGCUACUCCCAGGUGUGCCCUCCCCCCCCUUCUCCUCCUCCUCCACCCGUCUCCUCGCUCACUGCUGGGGCCCUGGCGCCCUGCGCCGCCGACACGCCCUACGGGGUCGUCGGGGGGCGGCACCACGAAGCGGAGAUCCGCCUGCUGCUCUCCAAAGGCUGCGAGUCCGUGCCGGUGGUCUCGGACUACGAGCGGGCGGAGGAGGUGCUGGUGGAGCGCGCCAGGCUCCAGAGUCUGGAUUCGGGCGUGUGCAGCGGCGAGGAGGUCAGCCAGGAGAGCCUGGAGGCGGACAGCAUCAACGCGGCCGACGGCGAGGAGGAGAGCGGCGGGGGGGUGGACUUCCGGAAGCUGCUGGCAGGCGGGGGCUCCGUCCCGGUGUGCUCCGGCUACGAGCGAGUCCCCCAGCUCCUUAGCGUCAGAGAGGAGGAGCUGGGGGGUCAGGAGGAGCUCAAAGCAUCCUCCGAAUCCACCCGCCUCCUGCUUCCUCGUCCUCCUCUUCCUCCCUUCAGCUCCUCGCCGUGCUUCCUGCCGCCGGCCCUCUGCGGCGUGGGUCCGGCUCCGAGGCCCCUUCCGCUGGAGCAGAUGGUCCUGAUGUCCUCCGGCAGUCCACUGGAGCCCUGUGGGGACGGGUACAUGUGAGGAGGCCCGUGUGUCCCCCAGAGGGACACGUUGUUAUCAGCAAACAGAUCAGCUUUCUUUGUUGUUUCUUUGCUGUAAAUCAAAUAAAAGUAUUUUUGAAUUGAUUCUUGGGUUCUUUGUUCUUUGGAUUCUCAUUUUGAUGAAACAAAAACAAAAAGAAAGAAGAAACCAGAUGAUAAAUCUUCACUCAAAGCUUGUGAAGAUUCUUGUUUGCCCCGAAGGUGAAAUGCACCCUGGGAAACCAGGUGAACGGCCUCGUGAGCAUCGCCGCUGCUAGGCAACAAGACCUGUGCUCA